UCGAUUUUUCCCCUUCUCCCAGACUCUGCUCUUUGUAGUUGGUUCACUAUGGCUACUAACUCAAAUGAGAUUCUUCAUGAUUUUUCUCCCUUAAUCCGCAUCUAUAAAGAUGGUCGAGUCGAAAGAUUGGAGGGGGAAGACACUGUCGCUGCAUCAAUCGAUCCAGAAACCCGAGUUGAAAGUCAAGAUAUCGCGAUGGCACCAGAAUUCAAUAAUGUCUCUGCCAGGCUUUACCUACCCCAAAACGCCAAACCGGGUCACAGAAUUCCACUUCUAGUCUAUUUUCAUGGCGGUGGAUUUGUCGUGGGAUCUGCCUUCUCUCCUGUUUAUCAAGAACAUCUUAAUUCACUAGUAGCGGAAGCUAAUGUUAUUGUUGUAUCCGUCAAUUAUCGACUAGCCCCAGAACACCCUCUCCCUAUUGCAUAUGAAGAUUCAUGGCUGGCCCUCAAAUGGAUCGCUUCUCAUUCAAAAUCAGGCGAUGGCCCUGAGGAGUGGCUCAAGAAUUAUGCUGAUUUUGAUCGCGUGUACUUCGGUGGGGACAGUGCUGGUGGUAACAUCGCGCACAACAUGGCCUUCAGGUUUGGCACAGAGGAAUUGCAUGGCGUCAAUCUUAAUGGGAUUUUUCUAAAUUGUCCUUACUUCUGGGGAAAUGAUCCUAUAGCUAAUGAAGCAGGGAGGAAAGGUGAGAAGAACUUUCUUGACAACCUCUGGUUUUGCAUAUGUCCCAGUACGACAGGGCUGGAUGAUCCCCGGCUAAAUCCCGCGGCGAAUCCUAUGAUUUCCAGGCUAGGCUGCAAAAGGGUGCUGGUUUAUGUUGGCGGCAAAGAUGUGCUGAAGGACAGAGGCUGGUACUAUAAAGAAGCAUUGGAGAAGAGUGGGUGGGCUGGAGAAGUAACGGUUGUAGAGGUUGAAGGGGAAGGACAUGUCUUCAAUUUGUCUUCCCCCAGGGGAGCGAACUCUCUGUCGAUGAUAAAAGAUUUGGCUCGUUUCCUCAACCGCAAUUGAGUGUAAAGGAUACCAAUCUGAAGCAACAUCCUAGCAAGACUAUUAUCUUUCAAGCAGGAAGAGUUCUAGGAAGAAGCAAGUGGAAAUGUCUCUUAAAAGGGGGAAAAAAAAAAAAAACUCUAAUCUUCUGAAAGAUAUUAAAGUUUUUGUUUCUAUCUAUGGCUC